UGCGGUCACACUAACCGAAGCAUUUUCGUCCGCUCGUCAUUUUUCUGCGUAAUUCUUUUCGAUUAAUUCGAUUUAGCAUAAAUAAAUAAACCCGAUUAUUAAUAUAUUAAAAAGUUAAUUGAUAAUUUCACGAAUUGAAGGCGGUAAACCGAAUCGAACGAGAAAAGCAAAACAAGCCAAAUCGGAACACAGUAUGAAAAUGGUGUUGUCGCAGCGGCAGCGCGAGGAGCUUAACCAAGCGAUUGCCGACUACCUGGGCUCAAAUGGCUAUGCCGACUCAUUGGAGACCUUCCGAAAGGAGGCCGAUCUCAGCUCAGAAGCGGAAAAGAAGUUUGGCGGCCUGCUUGAGAAGAAGUGGACGUCCGUCAUCCGUCUGCAGAAAAAAGUAAUGGAACUAGAGGCUAAGCUGACCGAAGCUGAGAAGGAGGUCAUCGAGGGUGCGCCCACAAAGAACAAACGUACACCCGGCGAGUGGAUACCACGGCCGCCAGAGAAAUUCUCACUAACCGGUCAUCGGGCCAGCAUUACGAGGGUAAUAUUUCAUCCCAUUUUUGGUCUAAUGGUUUCCGCAUCUGAAGAUGCUACCAUUAGGAUUUGGGACUUCGAAACUGGCGAGUAUGAACGUAGUUUGAAGGGACACACAGACUCGGUGCAGGAUGUGGCAUUCGAUGCCCAGGGCAAGCUUUUGGCUUCCUGCAGCGCGGACUUGUCCAUCAAAUUGUGGGAUUUCCAGCAAAGCUACGAGUGUGUCAAAACCAUGCAUGGUCACGAUCACAAUGUCUCGUCGGUGGCCUUUGUGCCCGCCGGAGAUUAUGUACUCUCUGCAUCGCGAGACCGCACUAUUAAAAUGUGGGAGGUGGCCACAGGUUACUGCGUUAAAACCUACACAGGCCACAGAGAGUGGGUGCGAAUGGUGCGAGUGCACAUCGAAGGCAGCAUUUUUGCCACAUGCUCAAAUGAUCAGACAAUACGGGUUUGGUUGACGAAUUCAAAAGACUGCAAGGUUGAAUUACGCGAUCAUGAGCAUACCGUGGAGUGCAUUGCCUGGGCGCCGGAAGCCGCAGCCUCGGCGAUAAACGAGGCAGCCGGAGCGGACAACAAGAAGGGUCACCACCAGGGCCCGUUCCUGGCCUCCGGCUCUCGCGACAAAACCAUUCGCAUUUGGGACGUGAGCGUCGGUCUGUGCCUGCUCACGCUGAGUGGCCAUGACAACUGGGUGCGUGGCCUGGCAUUCCAUCCGGGAGGCAAGUACCUGGUUUCGGCCAGCGACGACAAGACCAUCAGGGUCUGGGACUUGCGCAACAAGCGAUGCAUGAAGACGCUAUACGCGCAUCAGCAUUUCUGCACCUCCAUAGAUUUUCACAAAGCGCAUCCGUAUGUUAUUAGCGGUAGCGUAGAUCAAACAGUUAAAGUCUGGGAAUGUCGUUAAAAUAAAGGAAAACUCAGCAAGGGUUCUGCUUACUUCUCAAUUUAAACAUAAAUAAAGCUAAUAUAUUAAAUCACAUACCCACACCACGCCCACACAUACGAACAGUCUCAGCCACCUCCGCGGAAGUUUAUUUUCCAGGCGCUUUCUGUGUCAGCGUCCGUAAGCAAAAUGAACAUAUUUGUAUUUUAAAACUGAAUGAAACUGGCGAAAACGAAUUAUUUAUUUAAAUGUACGACCUUCUAAUUAAACUAACUACCUACUAUUUACAAAGUACAUAUACAUUAAUGCCUAAAAAAUAUACCUACCUGCAAUUAUCGUUUAAAGUCAAAA